AUGCCGCCAGAGUUACAAAAGAGUGAACUUUUUGAAGACUACUCCCGGAUUGAGGCCUUGGUGAAUGCUCACAAUGAUCAGCUUGCUAAGCAGAAGGAAGAAGAGGUUGCCCUUGCACUGAAAAAGCGAGUGUCUGAAAUUGAUGAUAAGCCUGUGAUUGCCCCUGUUGCCGGCCCCUUGGCACUUGCGCAGCCCAUCGUCCCCUUCAAUCGCAGACGCGAAGACAGUGCACCUCUCCUCCCUUACACAACCAUGGAUUCCGAGCUGAAGCAACCAAAGCGAACUUCCUUAGUAAGACGGCUCAAGUCAAAAGGGUCUUAUUAUUUAGCCAAUUCCAAACGAGCUCUAAGAAUUGGAAAGAAAUACAAAGCUGGUGGGCGGAGAAGGCCGGAGAAGACAUAUCCUGCCCGUAGCAUAUUCCUCAACUCGCAUGUGUCCCAUCCGUCGCCAAAAAAUCUAUUAAAAAAUAAUAAGUACAAUAUUAUCACAUUUGUUCCUAAAAUUCUCUACCAACAAUUCAAAUACUUUUUCAAUCUGUAUUUUCUCGGGAUAACAAUCUCACAAUCUAUUCCUAUCCUCAGGGUCGGCUUUCUAUUUACAUAUCUGGCACCACUCGUUCUUGUGCUGGCUGUGACCAUGAUUAAAGAAUUUGUAGACGAUAUUCAGCGCGUUAUCCGCGACCGCGCGGUUAAUCGAGAGAAGUAUCACAGACUUCGUUCAGACGCAGUAAGUGUUAAUGAUGUGGAACAGGUUCUUGCACAGGAUAUUCGUGUUGGAGACAUUUUAGUCCUGCGGUCUGGUCAGCGUGUUCCGACUGACUGUGUCAUUCUCCAUUUGCAGAACGACGGUAACAGUGUCGAGGAAUGCUUUAUAAAGACCGAUCAACUUGAUGGCGAGACAGAUUGGAAGAUGCGAAAGGCUCUAAACUUUACCCAGGGGAAGGGCAUCGAGUAUUUACGCGACGUUCAGACCCGAGCCAUUUUUGAGAUUGAAGCUGCCCACAAGGACAUAUAUGGGUUCAAGGGUAGAGCUAACUAUGUGAGUUCCGACAACUCCGUUAUCACAGAGUCUAUCUCUCUAGAGAAUACUAUCUGGUCUUCCACCGUGAUAGCGUCACCGUCCACGACAGUCGCCCUCGUAGUCUAUGUUGGUUCUGAAAGUAAGACUCGCUUGAAUACCAAUGCUCCUCGGGUGAAGAUGGGCUUUUUUGAUAAGGAAAUAGAUAUGCGUGCGAUGAACCUGUUUUGGAUCCAGUUCUUUGGUGCGGCUCUAUACAGUUGGCUGGGGGGCAAUAGUCCAUGGACGUCGGUUUACUAUGUGAUAUUUUUCCGAUACUUGUUACUCUUUUCUUCGGUUAUACCCAUCUCAUUGCGUGUCAAUCUCGACUUAGCUAAAAUAAUCACUUCCUUGAUGAUUAGGAGGGAUAAAUCCAUGCAGAAUCCUAUUGUAAGGACAACAACUAUUCCAGAGCAAUUGGGCAGAAUAGGAUAUAUAAUGUCGGACAAGACAGGCACUCUCACUCAGAAUAUCAUGACCUUCCGCUCCCUUCAUACGGGGAAGAGCUCCUAUGAGACCCUGACAGAGGACGACUAUGGGUCGUUCCGGAUGGCUCUGAAGCGUGCUUACAGGUCACAAGCCGAUGUCAGUAGAGACCCGGACAUGUCUAUCCCUGCCGGUGUGGCAUCUAUGCAGCACUCGUCUCUCCCUAUUCAUGGGCAAGCGUUUGGCAAUGAGCAGAUCACCAUGCGCAGGCAGGUCCAUGGCAAUGUUUACUCUUUGAUCCCCCAGAUGAAAACUUCCUCAGUAAGCAAUAUCAACGAUGAGCAGAAGGCACUGAUCACAGCCUUGCGCAUGAUGGCCCUUUGCAACACUGUUGUUCCCAUUGAGCGGUCCGCAGCACAAGACGACGCAGACUUUUUGAUUGAUGACGCAACAAUAGCUAUGUGGAGCAGUAGGCAUCUGCAAUCUCUUGCUGCAUCGGACUCAGCUCCGUCUAGCACAGAGGUCAUGCGAGCUCUUCAGAAGAACCACCUUGUUCAGAUCUCAACGUCCAGCAACUGUCCUCCGGGCAUAGGAGGUGGUAUCAACCCAGACAUUAGCUACUAUACUCUACAAGCGUCAUCUCCAGAUGAGAUAUCCCUUGUUAAGCUGGCUGCAGAGCUCAACUUAACCCUUAUGCACAGAGAUAGAACAUCCAUUGUACUCCAGAACCCGUUGGGUGAGCCAGAGGAAUACACUAUCCUCUAUACGUUUCCCUUUACAUCUACAACAAAGCGCAUGGCCAUAGUUCUAGAGAGCCACUUAACUGGAGAGAUCCUAGUGCUUAUGAAGGGCGCCGACUCAGUUGUUAUAGCCGCGUCUAACCCAUCGCCGUGGGCAUCGGAGCAGGUCUCAACCCUGGCCAGCAAAGGCCUGAGGACCUUAGUGUUUGCUCAGCGGACUAUGACGAGAGACGAGCUAUCUGCUUUUGCAUCUCUCUACAAAACCGCCAAUGAAGCCCUAGAUGACAGACAGAAACAUAUAGAUGAUGCAGAAAACUCCAUUUUACAUUCAAUGGAUAUCGUGGCAGCAACUGGGGUAGAGGACAAACUCCAGGAAGAUGUUAAGCUCACAAUUCAGCAGCUGAGAGAUGCAGAGAUCCGUAUCUUUUUGCUCACUGGAGACAAAAGCGACACGUCCAUGUGUAUCGCUCGCUCGACCAAUCUUGUAAGUCCUAAUCAAAGAUUCCACGAGAUAACACUGGCCACAUAUGCUGCUGCAGUGAGCGGAACAGCUGGCACCAAGGGAUCUUAUAGCGGCAUGGAGGUAUUCACAAAAGACAGUUGUGGGCCCUCUGGAAGGUCGACUGAAAAUAGUAUCUCAGUGACAAUGGGUACCGCGGGAAAUGCCUCUAGUGGCAAUGCCGGAUCAACAGAUGUCUCAAAUACUAGACUAUUAGAAUAUAUCUCCUCCGAGUUAAAUAAGAUAGCAGACAGCGGGUAUGAGUGUGCAGUAAUUAUUGACGGAACAAUCUUGUCGGAGAUCAUGAAGACCCUCCCAGACUCGUCUCUCAAAGAAUUCCGUGGCGAGGUGGUUACCAAAGAGGAACUGCAACACGAAAAGGAGCUCGAUUUAGCUACUCGGACACAGUCUAGAGGAUCUCGUUCUGGCCGAGCAGGCUGUUGUGGAAAGGAUAGGAAUUCAAAGUUCGGCUCCUCGGUGGCAAAGCAGUUCAUAACCACGAUAGCGAGAUGCCCGGCAUUUGUCUGCUCUCGUUGCUCACCUGAGCAGAAGUCUAUCAUUACAAAGAUGGUUGCCAAUCUGCACAUGGAGCAUAUGUGCUGUAACCCACGUUGUAGAUGUGGUGCUCCAAAGGUUGGAGUGCUCGCCAUAGGUGAUGGUGGCAACGACGUUUCUAUGAUUCAGUCUGCCGCUGUUGGGGUUGGGCUCGUGGGAAAAGAAGGGAAGCAGGCAAGCCUAGCGUCUGACUUUAGUUUGGACAGAUUCAAGGACUUGUCAUCGCUCUUAUUAUAUCACGGCAGACUCAACUACAUUAGAGGUUACGCUAUGGCACACUACGUCUUCUCGCGGGGAAUGACCAUAUCGGUGAUGCAGGCUGUCUUCUCAGCAUUAUUUGCUUUCUCGACAAUACCUCUUUUCACCGGUUGGUUGAUGCUGGGGUACACUGUUGUAUUUACAUCUCUUCCCGUAACCAUCAUAUGCUUUGACCAUGACCUGCCCAAGGAUUACUUAGUCCGACGCUACCCGAUCUUGUACAAAGACAGUCAGCGAAACAAGCACGGGCUUGUCUCCUGCUUUUUCAAGUGGUUGUGUGUCAGCAUCUUUCAGGGAUCUGUGCUGCUAAUGUUUUCGCAGUUUCUGAUCAAUGGAGGACUGCACGGAUCCCUGGACGACGGGGCUAACUUCUUCAACCUUGUGGGCACUGGAUACACAUCUCUUUUAAUUACAGAGUUACUUACGCUGGGCAUUGGGAUAUACGAGUGGUCUCCCUUUAUGGUGGGCAGUGGGAUUCUUUCGUUUGCUAUCUACGUAGCUGCUAUGUUCAUUAUGCCAGAAUACUUCGAUAAGCGGUCCAUAGUCACCCUCACAUUCUGGUUCCGUGUUGUGCUGGGCGCAUGCGCUGCCGUCUUCCCACCAUUCUUCUUGAAGUGGAUUCGCAUGCGCAUAUCUCCAACAGACGCAGAGAAGCUGAGGAGGCAGUGGCUUGUAGACAGAAGGCGUGAGAGAAAUACAAAGUGCUGUAAAAGGGCAGGAUCGCUUACAGAGACAAGUAUGAAGGGCAACGAUGAUCCGCUCUAA